AUGAGACCAAUAUUCCAGACACACAGAUGGAGGACGGUGCAUGUUGGACUGGUUGCAUUCAUCGUGAUAUUAAUUUCCGCCACAGCAACAGGACGCACGUCAGAUAAAUUAAAAGUCACUCUACCUCACGGUGGCACACUGACUGGUAGAUAUUUAACCACGUUUAGCGGUCAAGGCAUUCUCGCUUUUCUUGGAGUACCAUUUGCAAAGCCACCCGUCAAUGAGCUGAGGUUUAAGGCCCCAGUGCCCUUUGGACCAUGGGUGGGUGAUCGACUAGCCACUACUGAUGCACCCCUGUGCACACAACGUGAUCCGUACAGACGAGACGAAUCCAUUUCCGGUGUGGAAGACUGCCUACAGCUAAACGUAUAUGUGCCUGAUCGUCCACGAUCGCCAUUGUUACGACACAAUGCAACGAAUCCAACGCCGUACCCAGUAAUGGUGUUCUUCCACGGUGGUGGCUGGCAAUGUGGCUCUGGUACCCGUGCGUUUUAUGGGCCUGAUUUCUUACUCGAGCACGACGUGAUCUACAUCGGCGCUAACUUUCGACUAGGGCCGCUUGGUUUCCUCAGCACCGAACAAGCGGACUGUCCGGGAAAUAAUGGGCUAAAGGACCAAAGCUUAGUGCUCCGAUGGAUCCGUGAGAAUAUAGCAUCUUUCGGCGGUGAUCCGCACGCAGUUACGGUGUUUGGAGAAAGUGCCGGUGGUGCAAGUGGAACAUAUCACAUGAUGUCACCACUAUCUCGGGGACUGUUUCAGCGAGUGAUUUCUCAAUCAGGAGUGAACUUGGAUGCCUGGGCACAACCAGCACAUCCAGGAGUUGCGCGGGCACGAUCGAUACAGUUGGGAGAAAUGCUGAACUGUCCACAGGGCACCGACGGACGUUUCAAGGAAAUGCUCGACUGCCUUCGAGGCGUUUCUGGGGAUGAAGUUACAAGGAAAUUCUAUGACUUUUUCGUUUGGGAUACCGAUCCCAUGAUCCCAUUUCCGCCAGUUGUGGAACCCGACCUACCGGGAGCUUUCAUAACGAAACAUCCAAGAGUAGAGUAUGAGCCCCAUGCUAUCGGAAUUCCUUGGAUGACUGGACUGACACUAGAUGAGGGAGCUUUGAAAAGUGCUUCCUUAAUAAACAUGCCGGAACUUCGACAGAGUUUGAAUGACCGCUGGGAACAAGCACUACCCAUUUCGUUGUACUACGAUCAUCAUGAGCCUGAAAGGCAGCGCCAAAUUACAGAGCAGAUUAAUAGUUUCUACUUCAAACACCAGAAGCUGGUCGAGGCGACCGAGAAAAAUUUAACGAACUUGUACUCGGAUGCUUGGUUUUUAGCCGGAAUGGAUGAAUAUCUGCGAAUUCGUUUGCUUGGACAAGAACGACGUUCAUCAAAACCAGGGCCUACGUACGUGUAUCUUUUCGCUCAAAAAGCUUCGGCCAGCUUCACGGAAAUAUUCGAGGGAGGAAAAGAGAAAUAUUACGGUGUUUGCCACGCAGAGGAACUUCAGUACAUGUUUCCCAUCGCGAAAGAGCUUCCAAACUUCCACACAGCCAUUCCCACCGAUGAGGAGCUCGAGAUACGACGCGUCAUUACUAAGCUAUGGGUUAACUUUGCUCGUACCGGUAAUCCAACGCCAGAAUCGGAUAAUGAUUAUCCGCAGUGGCCUGCAGCACAACAAUUUCCUUUACAGUAUCUACGAAUUGGUAGUCUGGACUCUACGAGGGAACCGAUUGUUGCGCUGGAAACAGGACUGUUUGAAGAACGUGCUGCAUUUUGGCGCAAAUUGAAAGCACACCAUCCCUCUUCAGGAGUUGAGCAAAAUCGACCGCCACGUAACGAACUGUAA